AUGGCUUUUGAGGCCAGGAUGAACCUGGAGGGUGUGGGCGACGAGGUGAGAUGUCGCGCUUUCCCCGUGACCCUAGCGGGGCUGACAAUUCGGUGGUUCAAUGCGCUCCCUCAGGGGUCCGUGACGACUUUCGCAGACAUAACUCAUGGCUUUCUAGGACAGUUCACCACGCGUAUUGCCAAGGCCAAGCACCCGAUCAACCUUCUAAGGGUGACCCAAAGAAGCGGGAAACCGACCAAGAAGUAUCUAGAUAGGUUCAACGACGAAUGCCUAGAGAUUAACGGCCUGACCGACUCGAUGGCCAGCCCGUGUCUGACAAACGGGUUAUUGAACAAAUAUUUUAGGAAAUACCUCACCACCAAACCUGUGUGUACAAUGCAGCAAAUCCAGAAUGUGGCGAGAGAGUACAUCAACGACGAGGAGGUCAGCCAAGUGGUGGCAGCAACAAGCGGCAGCCCGCCUAUCAUCAUGCUCAUCAGCCUGGGAACAAGGAAAGGCCUAAGGAACACUCCAAGGACGGAGGACCAUCUAGACCCCUCAAGCCGUCCCCCGGGUAGGAAAGUUCACUAA